AGAAGUUCGCGAUCACGUUACAUGAGAAUCGACUCUGACCAAAGUAAUGUCGUCUGCUAUCUCUUGCCCGAAUUUCCCGAUCAGGUGAAUCGCAAUAAAGAGAACGAAGCGUCGAACGCCUCGAAAGUUGAGGCGCUUGUCGAAAAUGUAAUUCCACCGUCCUUGGCCUCCUGCAAAGCUGUAAGGUCAUAAUUGCGAGCCAGUCGGUGCGCAAGUUUUUUCGCGGCUGACCAAUUGUAGCGGUCGACCGGCGUUUAACCUUGAGGAGGAUUCGAAUCGAGUACUGUCGGCUAGUACGACGUUUCCGGUUUAUAUCCGGUGUCGCGGUCACCGCAAAUAUCAUGGACGACGAGCUGGAGGAUAAAGUACUGUAUCAGGUAAUGGUCAAACAUAACCUUUGAUUCGUCGACUGCUCGAAGCGUCAGAAUUGUUACAAUCGGUAGGACGAUAUUUAGAUUGACGCUAGAGGGAUUCAGACGUACGUCUCACACAUGAAGCUUAUGUCGAAACUCGCAGUAGGCAUUCCUGCUGGCCUCGAUGCAGCGGUGAAUGCGCCACUGGGUUAUUUUUGGAGAUCGAUACGUGCCUAUGCAUUCAAGCCAGAAGUUCUGGCAUGUGGCGCUGUUUUGAUGGUAAUGUUACUUUAUCUGCGAGCUGCUGAUGUUUGGAGCAGAACGCUACUUGGAAGAAUACAGCGCACCCUGGAACGGUCUACAUCCAAAGUUGCUAAGCUCCAGUUUUUAAAUAAUGUACCGAAGGGUGAAAAAUUCAGCUGGGAGUUGAAAGAAGGUCCCGUCGCUGCGUAUGCAGUUCAAGGCAGAAGACCUCGAAUGGAAGAUCGAUUUGUUAUCAAUAGCGACAUAGAAGACACAGGGGUUUCUUUAUUUGCUGUUUUUGAUGGACAUGGUGGAGAAUUUGCAGCUAAUUAUGCACGAGAUAAACUUGUUCCAAGUAUCAACCAGAAGGUCAUUGAGCUAAAAGAUAUUUUGGCUGGAAAAUUGCCACGAUCAGCGCAGGAGCGAAACGAAACAUUGGAUGGUAAUAAUAAGACAAAUGGAGAAAUGCAAGGCGCGGAGUCUGUCAGUCGAAAGGGGUCCUUCCGAAAAACUGUAUCUCAGACUGAUGAACAUGCAAAGAAAACCAGUGGAGUCACUGACCCAGAGUUACUUAAUAAACUUGACAGCCUUCGAAAAUUAGUCACUAGAGAGGUCAGAGCCGAAAGGCCUGAAGAAGAGCAGGUUCAAAAAGUUGAUGUAACUACCUACCUCGAUGGUGAUAAAAUUAAUUAUGGAAAACUUCUAACUGACGAAGUGCUUGCAAUCGACAGAUUGUUGGUCAAAGCAGCAAAAAAAAAUAUGGAUGUUGCAGGUACAACAGCAUUAAUUGCACUUUUAGAAGGAAGUAGACUCAUCGUAGCCAAUGUUGGCGAUUCAAGGGGAGUCAUGUGCGAUGGUAAAGGCAACGCAAUACCUUUGUCUUUUGACCAUAAACCUCAACAGCAAAGAGAACGAAAACGAAUAAAGGAGGCUGGUGGAUAUGUGACAUUUAAUGGCGUGUGGCGAGUGGCUGGUAUUUUAGCCACUUCGCGUGCUCUCGGAGAUUAUCCAUUAAAAGAUAUGAGACUGGUGGUUGCUGACCCAGAUAUACUGACAUUCGAUCUAGGUGACCACAACCCCAUGUUCCUAAUAUUGGCUUCUGAUGGGCUGUGGGAUACCUUCUCAAAUGAAGAAGCUGUAGCAUUCAUCAAGGAACGCAUCGACGAGCCGCAUUUUGGUGCCAAGAGCAUUACGUUGCAAAGCUACUAUCGUGGAUCCUUGGACAAUAUUACCGUGGUUGUGAUUAACAUGAAAGAGGUUAGGAACAAUGGAUUGGAUGUGAAACGUUCUAUCCAAAGUUAAACACCUUUCGGAAGAUUGCAAUUCUUCGUUUCGAAAAAUCGUGUAUACCCCAAAGGAAGAUUUCUAGUCGAACUCCGACAAUCGCCAACGAUGCUGUGACGAAGUUACUUCUGUUGAAGCGUGGGUAUGAAUGUACGUUCGUCGAGAAGUGAGAAAUUAGAUACAAGAUGUUACGCCAAAUCUACACGUCCUAUAAACGAAACCUCGUCUUAAUCAUUCGUACCGACGAUGUAUCAAUCAUGGUGUGCAAUCUAUGUGUCAACUAUUUUAUACAAUCUUUGAGCCGUCUCGUAGCCUCACCUCUCUGAAUAAUUUCAUUGCCGCAAAAACAUUUUUGCUUGAAUAGUUCCUUGCUACAGUGUAAAGCUGUUCAUUCAAAUAUAAUGACUUAUUUGUAAAGGGCAAUUUAAAUUAAGCGAAUGGCCCAAAUGUUGAUCACGUUCUAUUUUAUCGUUGUACUUUCUUUAUUUCUAUUGCAGUAAUGUUAGAUCGAGAACAAAUCUAUGGAAAGUUUAAAGUCUUUACAAUAUUAAUGUGCGAGAUUGUCUACUGUUAAUAUAAAAGUUCAAGUUGCUAUAUAGUUAUUUCUCUAGUCUACCAUGGGCAGAUUUUAAUUAUUUGUAAAAUUGUCUUUAAAGAUAACACGAUGCAUGUGCUGUGAUGAUUUAAUCUACAAAUUAUAAGACAAAGUCGUAGAAUUUGGUAUCAUUAUUGUUGAUAUAACGCUUUGAUCAACUGAAACAACAUAUUUUGGAACAUCAAUUAAGUUUCUAAUAAAGUUUUUGUAAAUAUAUGGCGUAUAAGGAAGAAGUUACAGACCGCUGUAGCUUUUAACAAAGUGAAAAUGAAUGUACGAAGAAUGUAAUAUAUUAAUCUUUGAAUAUAGAUUUACUUAAAUAUUAUUAACUGUUUCAACAUGUAACAAUAGAUAAAGUUUCCCAAUGUA